GUUAAUCAAGAUUUUCAGCAAGUGGCAGAGCAAGAAGUUCAGGACAACAGUGUUAGUGCCGCUGAAGCUGAUCCAUUGCCAGAUAACAGCGAGGAUACUCUCGUUGACAAUAUUUCAAACUUUGCCAAAGAAAAAGGGUCACAAUCGCAAACAGAUUUGAGCGAGAGCAUGGUUUUUAAAUCCUAA